AAAGCACAGCUCACCACUGGCAGCUCACCGGCUGCUACUUGCCAAGAAAACUACUUUACAAGUGUGAACUUUUGUGGCCAAAGAGCUUUUCACCCCCCUGACAGGCAAACUGCUGGGCAGCUGUGUAGGCUUGUGAACGAUCUACUUGGAUUUAUUCGAAACAGAGCGAGUUUGGAGAAAACACUAAAGGUGUUUCAUUUCCAGACAGACUGACCUCUUCAUGCCCUCCCUGACAACCCUCUGUACCUCUGUUUGACCCCACCUCUUCUUCUCUCGUCUGUGUGGUGCCCAGUGCUCCCCCAGGCUGCCUAAAGAGCCGGCACAGCGCCAUGGUAACUUACAGCAAGUUUGACUCCGCAAUGAGCAGCAGCCUCUUGGACUCCAACAUGCUGCUGCCUCACCGUUACAAGACUUUCGUCUCCAAGACGCACUACCAGAUGGUCCAAAGCACAUUGAACAAGCUCAAGGAGAGUGGCUUCUACUGGGGCCCCAUUACCGGGAAGGAAGCCAACAGCAUGCUGGCAAAUGAAGCCACCGGCACGUUUCUUAUCCGGGACAGCUCUGACAACCGGCACUUGUUCGCCCUUAGCGUCAAGACGGCGUCGGGCACCAAGAACCUGCGCAUCCAAUGUGACACAACCUCUUUUUACCUGCAAACUGACCCUAAGAACAUUCAGUCUGUUCCCCACUUUGACUGCGUCCUCAAGCUGAUCCAUUACUACAUGACUCAGAGCAAAGGAAACAGCCGCAGUGGGAGUACCUACAACAUUUUCUCUGGAGGGGAGAAGAUCCCCCUGGAGCUAAUCAAACCUCUCUCCACCUUAUGCAGCUUGCAGCAUUUGUGCAGGAAAACAGUCAAUGGACACUUGGACAUUUCUUCUAAAAGAGACCAACUUCCUCAUCCUCUUAAGGAGUUCCUCCAGGAAUAUGACGCCCCUAUCUAGAGGUUUUGGACUGAUGCUCUUGAAGGGGCAAAGACUUCAGAGUGUCAAGAAGCAACUCCACGGUUGCAGUACAGACACAGUUCAACAACAGGCACUGUGUGUGAGGAGAGCCUAAAGAGUUAAGGGUCCGAGCUUGUGAAAAAGGAGCAGUUUAGUGUACUGACAAGAUGUGCUUUUACAGAAUAGUGGUUCUCAUAAGGUCCACAUUUCAGAAAGAGACACUGGAUUGAGGACUAAUCCACAAAGAGGGCACUGCUGUAAUCUUGUGGUAUGAAAGAGAGAUAACCUCUGCCGAUGACGUACAACUUACUGAAAACUGAAGUGAGUCUCACAGUCAGCUGAUGACACACAGGUUCCCUCUGCUGCUAACCAAUGUGCUGCGAGGCUGUCGAGCUCACACACAUCAGCCUCCUUGGAUGGUAAUCUGGGUCGUAUAUAAGGCACGUCUGUCCAGCAUCCUGGGAUUUCUGACCAAGUGUAUGCUGGAAAAAUUCACAGACAGUGGAAAAUGGGUGGACACAUGAGUGAUAUCCUUUUGUGUGCCCUGUUUGUACAAGCCAUGACGGGAAAAGGGCUGAACUUUUUUUUUUUUUUUUAAUCUGAAUUUUCUAAAAAUCUGUUCAGACCAGAAAAUGUGUAAAGAAGACAUAUUUCUUAUAUUUUGUUUAGAGGAAGGUUUUUAAUGCCAAACUUGCCUGAACUAUACAGUUUUAUUUUGGAACACCACCAACAUGACUGAAUCCUAAAGGGUCUUACUUGAGAGAACAGUCACAUUUUUAUAUGGCUUCAGUGGUUAAGAAAUAGCUCAUAAAAGAUGUGGUAGUUUUUAUGGCACAGACAGGAUAGCCAGUGCUUGCAAAUGAAUGUAUUAAAUAAUGGUAUCUACCUUUUCCUAAGAAGGAGAAGAGUCCAAAUGUUUUUUUUUUUCAUGAGUUUACAUGAGUGAAGGUGAAAUGUUUUUGUGCUGUCUUUCAUAAAGAUGUACUCUUUGCCAGCCGUACCACUGGCUGUGGAUGCUUGAAGAUAAUUGAGAAGUUUGACGAAGCAAGCAGACUGAUACAACUUUGCACUUAUUUAUAUUUGUAUGAAACAUUUCAUUAAUUUAUAAUAAAAGAGCACUAUUUUUCUAU